GCCCUUGCAGCUGAGAUAGUGACGCCACAGGCCGCGCAGAGAGGUUACGUCUUGCCGGGUGCGUUUAAUCCGCUUCCGCUUGAGCGGGUACUCCAAAACACGGCUGCGUAUUUAUGAGUGCCCAGAUUUGGUUGGUGCUUUGUUUCUGAGGUUAAUCAGUUCUCAAAAUGGGGACACCUAUAUUGAACAAAUCUAGAUCAUUCUACAGUCCUGAGAAUUGUGAGAAUUCUGUUCAAAGCAGCAGCUUAGGAAAACAGCUAAUGAGUACAGCCCUACGAGAACGGUUGAAGAAAACGAGAAGAUCCUUUCAAUCAAAUUUUAUUGUCGCCAAACAACUUAAAAUAGAUGAUGAAAACAAUAGUAAUCAGAAGGAGAAAACUUUAUCAAUGAAAGAACCAUAUUUUGUAUCGCAUGCUGAGGAUAAGUGCUUGGAAAAAGUUCCUGAUGAAACUAUGUGUUCGAAGAGUUCUGCAGAAGACAGAUCACUAUCUGAAUACAAUGGAUAUAAUAAAGUUAUGCACAAUUCUUCAGAAAUUAAUUUGUUGGGGACAGAUGGUAAACAAUGGGAGCUGUUGGAGGAAAAGAUGACACUAAUGAAGCAGCUUCAGGAAAAAGAGGACAUUCUUCGAAGACUUAAAUUAGUCAAACUAUACAGAACAAAGAAUAACCCAGAAGAGUUACAAUUUCUGAUAUCAAAAUGGAGAAAGAGUUCCCAAGCAAUGCUAUAUGAGCUGCAGACAGCCUUAUCUACUGAUAACAAGAAAUUAAGUCUGACUCAACUGAUUGACAGUUUUGGAUUAGAUGACAAACUCUUACAUUAUAUCCGAACAGAUGAAGAUUUUACAGAUCCAUAAAAAUUUGUGUUUUAUUUCACUCUUAAAAAUAUAU